AGUCUGGAAUCCGUUUCCGCUUUAGGGAGUGGACGGUGAUUUCUUUUUUUUUUUUUACUUGACUUUCCAACCAACUUUAAUUUCCACGACAACUUGUGUUAACUGUAGGGGAUUGAAUUAACGUUACGACGAUGGCUUCUUCGCCUCAGAAGUCCCCGUCCUCUCCGAAAUCUCCGUCGCCUAAAUCUCCGACGCCGAAAUCCCCAUCUUCCAGAAAGAAAGACGACUCUUUCCUGGGAAAACUUGGUGGAACUUUGGCAAGAAGGAAAAAGGCUAAAGAAGUGUCUGAGCUUCAGGAAGAGGGGAUAAAUGCCAUCAACCUUCCUCUCAGCCCUUCCCACUAUGAGCUGGACCCUGAGGACACCAUGCUAGAGGAGAAUGAAGUACGCACCAUGGUGGACCCCAACUCCAAGAAUGACCGCAAACUGCAGGAGCUCAUGAAGGUGUUGAUCGACUGGAUAAAUGAUGUUCUGGUUGGGGAAAGGAUCAUUGUGAAGGAUCUGGCUGAAGAUCUGUAUGAUGGACAGGUCCUGCAGAAACUAUUCGAAAAGCUGGAAGGUGAGAAACUGAACGUGGCAGAGGUGACUCAGUCGGAGAUUGCCCAGAAACAGAAGCUGCAGACAGUUUUAGAGCGCAUCAAUGACUCACUCAAACUCUCCACCAGGAACAUUCGCUGGAAUGUUGAUUCGGUUCAUGCUAAGAGUAUAGUUGCCAUCCUGCACCUGCUGGUGGCGCUGUCGCAACACUUCAGAGCACCAAUCAGAUUGCCAGACCACGUUUCUAUUCAAAUAGUGGUCGUUCAGAAAAGAGAGGGCAUUCUUCAGUCCAGACAAAUUCAAGAGGAAAUCACUGGCAACACAGAGGCUUUCUCUGGCAGACAUGAGCGCGACGCCUUCGACACCCUGUUUGACCAUGCUCCAGAUAAACUGAAUGUUGUCAAAAAGACAUUGAUCACAUUUGUGAACAAACACCUCAACAAGCUCAACCUAGAGGUGUCUGAAUUGGACACACAGUUUGCAGACGGUGUUUAUCUGGUAUUGCUGAUGGGGCUGCUGGAGGGAUACUUUGUGCCGCUCUACAACUUUUUCCUCACACCAGAGAAUUUUGACCAAAAGGUCCACAACGUGUCCUUCUCCUUUGAACUAAUGCAGGACGGAGGUCUGGAGAGACCAAAGCCCCGACCAGAGGAUAUAGUGAACUGUGACCUUAAAUCGACACUGCGCGUCCUCUACAACCUCUUCACCAGGUACAGGAACGUAGACUAAGCUGGGGACAAGAAAAGAACGCUUAAACCAUGGACCACAUGUUAUAGUUCAAUACGCUUUUCCUUCUUUUUGUUGUAAAAAUCUGUUUUAUUCUGAAUGCAUGUCACAUUUUGUCCCUGUUGGUUAAUGUACCACACACAAAUCUGUAUUUUAUUUUUCUUCAAAUUCCUGCAGAGACAUUUGGCUUGUGUCCCACUACUUUUUUUUUUUUUUUUUUGCAUUGCUAUACAGUCCUAUGGACAUCUAUGAGAUGUUGAAGUUCAGAUAAAGUGGGAAUUUUGGUAUUAAUCAGCCUGGACCCUAUUUUCCCAUGCAUUUGUGUCAAAGUGACUAAUGUAAACAAAAAUCUUCAAAAUUGGGCCAGUAUUGCGUGAGAACACUGUAACCGGCAACCAUGAACCAGGCUGCAAUGUAAACCUUUAGGGCAAAUGCUUACCGUUAAUAUGCGUUCACUAAAAGUGCUUGUUUUUGCCACUGA